UCAUAAGAAUUGACUUAACUUUAAUUUCGAUUCUGUUCAAACCAAAAUCACUAUACGAAGGUCUUGUGAAUAGAUAUAGGUGAGAAAUCAUUUUUUUCCCCUUGCAAAUCACAUGCUACUGUAUACAAAUGCAAUGUUGAUAGUGAAAUAUGUGUACAGUGUUGCUAACUACUUACAACCAAACGAUCCGCACUUUUUUUUUUGCAGCUUUAGAAAAUCUGAACCCCUGAGUGUGAAGACCUACCAAACAGAAAGUAAUAAUAAUAAUAAUAAAACCUAGAAAAGGGAACCAUAACUUGUUUUUGUAUUCUAAACCUUACGAAAUCAUUACCUAAAUUAGUGAUGUAAUGCAUGAGUUUAUCUGCUGUCAUUAAGCUAUUACCAAUCAUAAUCAAUUAAACUGCCAAAAACAAAAAAAAAACAAAAAAAACAAAAUUGGAGUUGCAACGUUUCUCCAUUAAUUCAACGUGUGUUGUAAAUUUUCAAAGGUGUUGGUUGGUCUGGUAGAGUUGUUUGCUGCUCAUAACCAAUCAACUAUUUUGUAUUAGUCAUAAUAAACUUUGAGUGUUGAGGCAGCAAAGCAAAGCAACAUCCCUUUCGACCACGAAACGAAAUCCAAUUUUAAAGGAGAUCAAUAAACCAUCUUUAAUUUUGAGUUUUUUUUUUUUACCGUUUUCUUUGAUUCAGAGUAGAGUUUGGGUUUGAUUGAUGGUGUAAUGCAUAGGUCAAUUGCUACGUGAGUUCUGCUGAUUAAUUAGAUGAUAAGCGAAGAUGAAUGCAGAGACUGCUUUGUACAUUGUAAUGAUGAUGUAAGAUACAUAACUUUGGGCUUUAUUGUUAAUUCUCAAGCUAAAUGAGGCCCAUCCCAUUACUGUUAAUUCUAAAGCUAAUCUUAUAUUUAAAGGAUGAAAUCUUCAACUGAGAUUCCAUUACGUAAAAUAUACCCAUGUGUAGAAAAAUAUUGUCACUUUGUUCUAUCGAGAGAGCUAAAUCCUAAAGGGUUCAUUUCAAUAUGCACAGAAAAAAUGAAAAAGGAAGAAGAAGGAAGAUCAUCAUUUUAUUUGAAUCAAGUUCAAGAUCUGCAAUUGGGCUAGUUUUCAUAGGCCCAUUCCCAUACUAGCAAGCAACUCAUAAAAAUUUGUUUUCAGUUUCUUUCCAUGACCAUCAUCUGGUUUGGUCCAACAAUCCUUUCACAAAUGGUGACCACUUUACAACCGCUAAGUUUCCACACCGCAAAACUGAGCAUCUGCUCUUCCAAGAGCAAGAAAAACAAGAAGCAAAAACAAGUUAGCCAAAAUCAAAGCAACAACUCCCUCUCUUUCCCGAAAACAAUCCCAACCCCCCUCAUUAUCUGCCAUAAACCCCAUUCCCAGACCAAGCUCCAAGCCCUCGACGCCGUCGUCAAUGACCUUGAAGCAGCCAUUGGUAAAGGCAUAAACGUCGAUACCGAAACUUUUGCUUCCCUGUUAGAAACAUGCUAUCAAUUUCAAGCCAUGGACUACGGUCUCCGAGUUCACCGUCUUAUCCCAAGAAGCGUUUUACGUAGAAAUGUAGGCAUCUCGUCCAAGCUUCUUCGGCUCUAUGCUUCGCAUGGCUAUAUCGAGGAGGCUCACCAGGUGUUUGAUGAAAUGCCUAAGAGGGACGUGUCUGCUUUCGCCUGGAAUUCACUUAUCUCGGGGUAUGCAGAACUGGGUUUGUAUGAGGAUGCUAUGGCGCUAUACUUCCAAAUGGAGGAAGAGGGAGUUGAACCAGACCGGUUCACGUUCCCUCGUGUUUUGAAAGCUUGUGGGGGAAUAGGGUUCAUUCAAAUAGGUGAGGCUGUGCAUCGCCAUAUAGUGCGAUUGGGUUUAUUGAAUGAUAGGUUUGUGCUGAAUGCAUUGGUGGACAUGUAUGCCAAAUGUGGUGACAUUGUGAAGGCUCGGAAAGUGUUUGAUAAGAUUACUAGUCGAGACCACGUCUCUUGGAACACCAUGCUCACGAGUUAUAUGCGUCAUGGGCUUCUGUCGCAGGCUUUGGACAUCUUUCAUGAAAUGCUUCAUGAAGGGCACCAGGCAGACUCUGUUGCCAUAUCCACUAUCCUCGGAGCUGCAGAGUCAUCAUUGGAGAUUGUAAUUCAAAUCCAUGGAUGGGUAAUUCGGCAAGGAGUUGAGUGGAACUUGUCUAUUGCCAAUGCCUUGAUUGCAGCGUAUUCGAAUCAUCGCAAGUUGAAUCGAGCAAGGUGGUUGUUUUGUCAUAUGUCUGAGAGGGAUGUCAUAACAUGGAAUACUAUGAUUUCAGCUCAUUCUAAAAGCCCGGAAGCCUUGCUGUUUUUUGAGCAGAUGGAGAGUUCUGGUGCCUUGCCAGACAGUAUCACAUUCGUGUCAAUAUUAUCGACUUGUGCCCAUUUAGGUUUGGUGAAGGAUGGUGAGAGGUUAUAUUCUGUCAUGAAAAAUAGAUAUAGAAUUAGCCCAAUUAUGGAGCAUUAUGCUUGUAUGGUGAAUCUUUACGGAAGGGCAGGUCGAAUCAGAGAAGCUUAUGGUAUCAUAGUGGAUGGAAUGGAGUUCGAGGCUGGUCCAACUGUGUGGGGUGCAUUACUGUAUGCUUGCUACCUUCAUGGCAAUGUAGAUAUUGGAGAGGUUGCAGCUGAAAGGCUUUUUGAGCUGGAGCCUGAUAAUGAAUACAAUUUUGAGCUUUUAAUUAAGAUUUAUGGCAAUGUGGGUAGAUUGGAAGAUGUGGAGAGAGUGAGAUUGAUGAUGGUGGAGAGAGGAUUGGACUAAUAGUCCCAUCUCUGUAGUGUUGAGGUUUAAUUCCACAAAAUUAAAAUCUCCUGGUUGGCUUGCCCCUAGCUCUAGCUGGCCUUGGGUCCUUCCUUCGUGGCUCAACAUGGAUCCUAAAUGGCCUUGGGUCCUCCCUGCAGACAAGUGAAUGUGGCUGCUCGUGGCUGCAAAACCCCACCUCACCUGUUCAUCUCUUUCGUGCCUUCGUUAUGACAGAGAAGACACAUGAAUUUAUCUGCAAAAAGGCUUCAGAGGAAAUGUGAUUAAAAAUUUUGUUCAGUAGAUAAAAUGUAUAACUUGUAAAUUUCCAACAUAAGAAAAAAUAAAAUAAUUCAUUUUUCUUA